AUGUUGGCGGUAAUGCCCUCGAGACAACAGGAAGCCCCGUACUUCCAGAACCCUACGAUGGACCCUUCAAUGGUCGACCUCUUCGCUUUCCCCAUUGACAACCUGAGUGGAUUUGGCCAGAGCAACGACACAACAAGAAUAACGCAAUCAUACUACGAGCCACCAUUAUACGCCGAGGACAUCCAGAAGCCGUGUUUCCCUUCUCUUCCGGGCUCACCCCCGGCUACUACUCAGGCUCCCGAGCCUCUGCCUUCUCUGCCUAGUGCUUCAGCUCCAUCGAUUGCUAGUACAUCCUCUUCUGCCGUUGGCUCUCCGUAUUCUUCCACACAAGGCAUUCAGGAAGGCUGGAUGGAUACAAAUCACGGUCUUAGUCUUGCUGGUGCUAUGGGUGAUCUAUUUUCCAAUGACCAGAUGAUCAACACCCUGGACGCAGACACCUACUACCAGAAGAAGGGUGCAGAUAGCUUUGUCGCAGACCCUUCCUGGAUCCAACCCAUUCCUCACCAACCUAGCAACUCCUCUCCCGUCACCUAUCCCGAGCAACCUAGCUACACCAUGAGUCAGCCAGUCUUUGCGCAACAAUCACAAGAGGCAUCUCCUCUCCCUACCCUGGAGAGCCUCGAUACCAACGAGACGGAGGAGUCAAAACAGCCUCUUUCGUCACAUAUUACGCUACCUGCCAAUCUUCCCUAUCAGCCCAUAUACAACCGACGAUCCUCUGCCUCUUCCACCCACAGCCGCGGCUCUCGCCGUAGUCCUUCUGCUAGUAGUGUUGACGAUGAUACCAAGGGGCGGUGUCCGCAUCCUGAGUGCGGUCGGCCCUUCAAAGACUUGAAGGCCCACAUGCUCACGCAUCAGGCUGAGAGACCCGAGAAGUGUCCGAUUGCCAACUGCGAGUACCACAUCAAAGGUUUCGCUCGGAAGUACGACAAGAACCGUCACACUCUUACCCACUACAAAGGCACCAUGGUCUGCGGGUUCUGCCCGGGAUCAGGGUCUCCUGCGGAGAAGAGUUUCAACAGGGCCGACGUCUUCAAGCGUCAUUUGACCUCUGUGCAUGGUGUCGAGCAGACCCCUCCCAACUGUCGCAAGAAGAACUCGAACUCGAAGAGUACCAUGGCGUACAGCAGUGAUUCCACUGGCAAAUGCUCGACCUGCACGGGUACUUUCAGCAACCCGCAGGAGUUCUACGAGCACUUGGACGACUGUGUGCUCCGCGUGGUGCAGCAGGAGGAGCCCAGCGAAGCCAUUAACCAGAAACGGUUGGCGGAGAUGGAUUCGGACGAGGAGCUCAAGAAGACCAUGGAGAAGCACAAUUUGGUUGACAACCCGGCUGGUACCGGUUUUCAACCUGAAGAUGAUGACUCUCCUACCUCGAACCAGAAGUUUGGCAAGGGCAGCAUCAAGUCCACAAAAGGCAAUUCUAGCUCGCGUUCCACCCUUGGAAAGAAUGCCGUCACAAAGCACUCGACACAAAAUAUUAGUGGCAGCAACAAUAAGCUUCGCCCGAUGGUCUCGCGCCGGCGGAAUAACCGGGACUUCUACCCCCAGUCCUGGGGGUGUCCAUCGAGCAGCAUGAAGACGAAGAAGCGCGUUCUCUGCGUUUUCGACGGUCCACGCCGUCUAUGGAAGGAUGAGAUGAUGCUUGACAAUGAGUUCGAGGUCCGCGUCAAACUCCCUGGCGGAGCAGGCGAUGGCACCAACCGCGAUGCAUACAUCACCGACCUCGACAUUGAGACCAUGAAACGCGCUGAGGGUGUCUUCAGCGCUACCGCUGAAGAGCGGGGGCCAUGGUCCAAUGGACCCUCGACGCGAAUCAUCGGGCAACCGGCGAUGCUCUUACCCGGACUCAGUCGACCUGAGGAAGAGGUUGAUUUGGAAGAGAUAAUGAGGACUUGA